CCAUCAUCCUUCACAUCAAGCAGCCGCUCGCAGCCUGGCCGCCAGCAUGCCGCCGCUGCUGCACCCGCUCCUCUUCGCCGGCCCCGGCGCCGCGCUCUACCCGCUGCUCGAGGCGCGGCACGGCGCGUCCAAGUGCACGCUGCCGCUGCUCAACCGGCCGCUCGUGGCGCAUGCGCUGCAGGCGCUGUGCACCGCCGGCCUGCGCGAGGCGUCGCUCUUUGUGCGCGCCGCAGAGCACGAGAGCGUCAAGAAGGCGCUUGGUGCAGUGCAGCUUGUCGGCAGCGAGGGCCUCGUGGCGGUGCAGACGCACGACGGCGCGGCAGCGCGCGGCGGCGCAGACGUCUUCAGCGUCGAGCUGCUGCCGCUCGGUCCGCACGACAAGGCGUCCGGCGUCGCGGCUGUGGAAGGAGAAAUGCGCGAGACGGAGACGCCCGGCACGGCCGAGCUGGUGCGGUGGUACGGCAGUCUGGGCCGGAUCCAGGCGGACCUGCUGAUCCUUCCGAUCGACUUCCUUGCGCCCUCGAGCACGAUCUUGGAGCUCAUCUCGGCGCACCUGAAUGCGAGUGCCGCGACCGAGGGCGCGCCGAGCGCCAGCGUAGUGCUGUACGAGCGCGGAGCGGGCGAAGGGCUGGGCAAGGACCGGGAGAAGGAAGUCGACACGCUCACGCUGCGGCGCUCCUUGCUGGCACACUCGCCGCGCGUCAAGCUCAGCACCAAUAUGCUCGACGCACACGUCUACAUCCUCGCACCCGAGCCGCUGCUGCAGCUGCUGCAGGCGCGGCACGAGCUGACGUCGCUGCGGGAACAUGUGCUGCCGCUGCUGGCGCGCACCAGCUGGCAGACUGGGCUGCUGGAGAAGGCGCUGGGCGCUGAACAGGCAGAUAAGGCAGCCCCAGCCGAGACAGAAGAAGACAUGAGCGCCAAGUGGCGCGACGAGGCCGUGUCGAGAAGCACCGUGCUGCUCGUCGAUGCCAAGGAGCGAUUGGCCGCGGGCGCACCUGCGUCUGCCGGCAAGAAGACAGAAACGAAGCUGCGGAUACAGGCUCUCGUGCUCCGCCUCGCAAAAGAGGCCUCGAGCGAGUCGGGCGCAGCAGCGAAGGAGGGCACCGAGUUCGUCGCGAGAGCCAACACCGUGCCGACGUUCUUGGAGUGCACGCGCUUCCUGCAACGCCAGCAAGCGACGCCGAGCUCCUCAUUCGUGCUGCCGUAUCUGCCCUCGUCCGCCUCGACACAAGCAUCAGCGCAAGUCUCGCCCGACACACACCUCGCCGCCAACGUGACGCUGGGCGAGCGAUGCGCCAUCAAGCGCUCUGUGAUCGGCGCCGGAUGCAUCAUCGGCCGAGGCGCCCGUCUCACGGGCUGCGUGCUGUUCGACGGCGUCGAGAUCGGCGAGAACGCACGCCUGGAGAACACAAUCGUGGCGGCGCGUGCCAAGAUCGGCGACCGAGCCACGCUGAAGGACUGCGACGUGGCGCCGGACGCUAUCGUCGCGGCCGACGCGAGCAAGAAGGUGGAGAAGAUCCUGCAUGAGGAGGAGGAGGGCGAGGAGGAGGGUGACGGCGAGCAAUGAUCACACCUUGCCAGAC